UCUUCAAAAAGUCCUGUCAACCACAGGCUAUGCUUACAAGAAUCAAACAGGUACUUUCUCUAUUCAAACAUUCUUCGCUAUGUCCCUGUAGGAAAUGUGGCGUUGAAUGGAGUGGCCACUCAGUCAUCACUGUAUGAAAAUCGCGAUGCUUCCGAUGCCAUCGAUGGGAAAAGAAACACACACUAUGAAUCCUGCACCCACACUCUGAAAGACAGAAACCCGUGGUGGAGAGUGGACCUGCUGAAUGUGUACAGAAUAACAGAUGUCACCCUCACCAACAGAGGAGACUGCUGUCCUGAGAGGCUUGAUGGUGCUGAGAUCCGCAUCGGUAACUCAUUGGAGAACAGCGGCAUCAACAACCCCAGAUGUGCCGUCAUCUCCCACAUCCCAGCAGGAGAGUCCCACACCUUCCAGUGCAAUGAGAUGGAGGGUCGCUACGUUGUUGUGGUCAUCCCUGGCAGGUCGGAAUGGCUCACUCUGUGUGAGUUGGAAGUUCAUGGUAUUCCUGCAGUUUCCCAUGUGUAUCAAACAUGGUCCACCACCCAAAGGAAAUCCAGCCAACUUGACACAACUAUGGGAAACAUUGGCAUCAACAUGGAUCAGCAUUCCUGUGGAUCGCUUUCGGCAACCUUGUAGAGUCCAUUGCCAGAGGAAUUGAAGUUGUCCUGAAGGCAGAAGGGAGUGGGGAGGGGGAAGCAUUCUAAAUCCAUUAGUCACUGGUGAGCAUUCCGGUGCAGAGAGAGACAGCUUACAGACCAGCUACAACAACCUGACUAAAGAGAGAGACCAGCUACAGACCAGUAAUAACAACCUGACUAACGAGAGAGACCAGCUACAGACCAGCUACAACAACCUGACUAAAGAGAGAGACCAGCUACAGACCAGUAAUAACAACCUGACUAAAGAGAGAGACAAGCUACAGACCAGUUAUAACAACCUGACUAAAGAGAGAGACCAGCUACAGACCAGUUAUAACAACCUGACUAAAGAGAGAGACAGCUUACAGACCAGUUAUAACAACCUGAUGAAGGAGAGAGACCAGCUACAGACCAGUAAUAACAACCUGACUAAAGAGAGACCAGCUACAGACCAGUUAUAACAACCUGACUAAAGAGAGAGACCAGCUACAGAUGAGUUAUAUUAACCUGAUUAAAGUGAGAGACUAGCUACAGAUAUGUAAUAAUAACCUAACUAAAGAGAAAGACCAGCUACAGACCAGUUAUAACAACCUAACUAAAGAGAGAGACCAGCUACAGACCAGUUGUAACAACCUGAUUAAAGUGAGAGACCAGCUACAGACCAGUUAUAACAACCUGAUUAAAGAGAGAGACCAGCUACAGACCAGUUAUAACAACCUGAUUAAAUAGAGAGACCAGCAUCAGAGGGAGACAGAAAAGCUGAAGAUCAAAGGAAACAUUUCAAUUUACUGAACAAUUGGAAAUUACUGUCUGUAUUACAUAAUACAAUAACAACUAUAUUACUUUGAGACAGUUAGAUCACUUGUUUCAUCCACUAGACUUAGAUUACUACAUUUUUACUCAAAAUGGCUAAUAUUUGGGGAGAGAAAUAUGAUGGUGAAUGCUGGAAGACGUUUAGCAGUUUGUUAGUGUUGAAGAAUUGAUGCCGGUGUAGUAGAGGGAGGGACUGUUUUAUAAAUAGUUGAUAGUAGUCUUCAAUGGGAGACUAGGUAGUAGUAGUAAGCAGCCCAGAAGUACUAGUAGCAGUACAUUGCAGAAGUAAUAGUGAAUGUUUUAGAUAGGUAGGCCAUGGGUUAGCUAUAGUAAGCAUGG